GGCCAGUAUCUAGGCGGGUCUGCUCAGAACCAGGAAAUAUCUAGUGCUAUUCACACACAGAUUCAGGGAAACUACACCAUAUUCUGAACUAAAUCUGUGUCACUUUGAGCAGUAAAAUGGCACAGGCUGCCUGUCUUCUGGAUCAGGACCAGUUCAGCUGUUCAAUCUGUCUGGAUCUACUGAAGAAUCCGGUUGCUAUUCCCUGUGGACACAGUUACUGUAUGGGCUGUAUUAAUGGCUGCUGGGAUCAGGAUGAUCAUACUGGUGUCUACAGCUGUCCCCAGUGCAGAGAGACCUUCACCCCAAGGCCUGUUUUAAGAAAAAACACCAUGCUGGCUGAAGUGGUGGAGAAACUGAAGAAGACAGGACUCCAAGCUGCUCCUCCUGCUCACUGUUACGCUGGACCUGGAGACGUGGCAUGUGAUGUCUGCACUGGGAGAAAGCACAAAGCUGUCAAGUCCUGCCUGGUGUGUCUGGCCUCUUACUGCGAAACUCACCUCCAGCCUCACUAUGAAUCUCCUGCCUUUAAGAAGCACACACUGGUCAAAGCCACUGGAAACCUGCAGGAGAAGAUCUGCUCUCAUCAUGAUGAACCACUGAAGAUUUACUGUCAUACCGAUCAGCAGUGUAUCUGUUAUCUGUGUACAAUAGAGGAUCACAGAGGCCAUGAUACAGUCUCUGUUGAGACAGCAAGAACAGAGAAACAAAAGCAGCUGGGGGCGACACAGAGUAAAUUCCAGCAGAGAAUCCAGGAGAGAGAGAAGGAGCUGCAGUAUCUGAGACAGGCUGUGCAGUCACUCAAGCGCUCUGCACAGACAGCAGUGCAGAACAGUGAGAGGAUCUUUACUGAGAUGAUGCGCUCCAUUGAGAGAAGGUGCUCUGAGGUGAAAGAGCUGAUCAGAGAUCAGGAGAAGGCUGAAGUGAGUCGGGCUGAAGGACUCCUGGAGCAACUGGAGCAGGAGAUUGCUGAGCUGAGGAGGAGAGACGCUGAGCUGGAGCAGCUUUCACACACAGAGGAUCACAUCCAUUUCCUCCAGGUAACAUCACUGGCUCUCUGACAGAGCUGUCCGAUGGAGCUGCUCCUGAUUCCUCAUCUGACUGGAAUUUCUGACCCACACUGUGGACAUGAUCACUUUCUGUUGUCCUCUAAUCUUG